UUAACUCUCAUUUACCGUAACGCUUACGAGAAAAUCAUUUUCUUGAUAUUUUCUUUUUCUUGAUAUUUUUUAAUACUUGUUGUUAAACAGACUGAUUACGAGCUUUCGAGAGCGCUACCCUAUUUGACUCGGCAGUGCGUCAUCGCCCUGAUAUCGGUUCCGGCCAACUCUCCCUCCAACUCAUCUACGGGCCGGGAAUCUAUGUAUUCGCCCGUAAAACAUGAAGAUGCGCGAUAUUGCUGUUUGGAUCCGUGAGCUGAAUAGGCUCUAUAAUUGAUCGGUUCUUGAUCGUUUUCUUGCUAGUCCUGGGACUAAAUGUCGUAUUCUUCCUUGUAUUGGGACUCUCUCUCGUAGUAAUCUGGGCCAAGCCCUAAAACUGUGUAAAUGACUCGAUCUCUCGUAUUAUUGUGAAUUAGGUACUCUGGGCCAAGCCCUAAAACUGUGUAAAUGACUCGAUCUCUCGUAUUAUUGUGAAUUUGGUACUCUAAACUGUGUAAAUGCUUGUAUUUGAAUUCGGGGCAAAGCCCUUGGAAGAUAUUGUUUGAUUCUAAUGGUUGGUUUGAUUGGUAUGAGUUUUCUUUGAAGAUAUUAAUUGAUGUUCUUAGGGCAAACCCUAAUUAUGUAAAUAUAUGAUGAUUCAGGGCAUUAUUGAUCAAGGUGGGUUUCUUUGCCUGCAAAUUUCUCUAUUUACUGACUUUUCUUUAGCUUUGAGUUUGAUUUGGAUUAUAGAGAUUAGUUGUAUUUAAAUGUUUGUAUUAGCAGCAAAGAAACGGAUUAAAUUGAUUUUGUGUAUUGGAGAAGGGCCAUGGCCACAACCAGAGGCGUUUUUUGUCUUUCCCGAUUUACACAAUUUCUUUGCACAGGGAUGUCUUGAACUCCAGAUUCAGAGAGUUACAUACGUGAAGCAGACAUAGUGAUUGCUGCAGCAGGACAGGCAAUGAUGGUAACAAGUUCCUUCAUUUAUAUUUUGUGCGGUAUGUUUGUUAUUCUUGAUUUCGGGCACCUAAUCAUUUCUUCCACUGUUAAUUCCUAAGUUGUGAAAUUUGUUAGUGGUAUAUAUAUUGUCCGACAUAAUGUUUUUUACUAUCUGCAUGAUCUGUACAAGGAAUUUAUCCAAUGUCUGUAUUUGUUUAUAAUCUUGGUCUGUGUGUUGGUGUACAGUACAGCUGAAAAGAAAAACAUACCAUGGAGAGAAAUGACUAAAGAGAUCCUUGAUUCUGAUGUUUAUAAGCUCAUAGAUGAUAGAUGAAAAGAAAAACAUACCAUGAAGAGUUUAUGUUUAAUAUGCAACAAGUAUAUAAGUUUCUAAUUUUGUGGUCAAAUGUUCUUAAUUGUAACAGAGAAAAGUUGAUUUCACAGAACCUCUCACUUAAUCUACUUCUAUAUAUUUACAUGUAAGUUAGGUACUUAAGUCUGCAGUCUCACUUUUCUUUUAAUUUAUUAUUAAUGCAGAUACCUGAGUUACAGAAGGACAUUGUUGUCCCAUCUACUGUUAUACUGGUGGUGGGAGCUUAGGCUGAUUAAUACUUGGUUUGGUCAUGCUGGGACGGUGACACCAUUGCACCAUGAUCCACACCAUAAUAUACUGGCUCAGGAUAUUCCGAAAAUGCUUAAUUAAGGAUUCAAUUCCAGCAUACAUUGUGGUGAUGAGAAUUUUAAUUACACUUUACAUUGAUCUGUAAAACUACUCUUUUAUAUUAGUAUCAUUCACUAUUUUUACUCUUUUAUAAUGACUCUCAAGGACAUCAGAAAUCUUCCGAUCUAUAGUAAUUUAAAAACUGGACAAAACUUUUGUGAUCCACCAAUUUUAUAUUGAUUAUUGUUGUGCUGAGCUCCUACCUGCAGCAUGAUGCAUGAAAUGAUGUACUCACUGGAGUUAUCUACCAGACUAUACAUGGAUGCAACAAUCCAGGGGAGUCGAGAAAUGGAGUUUCUACUGCACUGGUCUUGCUCAAUACUAGGAACAUUGGUGGUUACACAUCAGUGGUUGAGAUGGCUAACGUUUCUGCAGCCAAGAAGUAUUUUGGUGAUUGUUUGAUAAUUUAGGAUGACCGCUUAUUUUAACAAGACAAAGUGGCCAGAAAAGGCUCCAAAGAGUGAAGAAGAACGGAGGAUUUUAUUGCUUCACUUCACAAGCGAAAGACAGAGCUGUUUAUGGUCCUCAUUGAGAAGAAGUUGCUGCCUCUACAGUCUGGUGUUGCAAAAUUAAUUGAUCAGGCAUUUGCGAAAGGAGUAAAAGUUGCUAUUUGCAGUACUUCUAAUGAGAAGGCGGUAUGCUUCAUCAGGUUCCAAAAUAAUAUUUGGUGCUCGGACUCCAGCCAUCCAAGUCAUGGAGUAAAGAUUUCAAUUCAAGCACCAGAGGUAACAGUGGCUAUCAAAGGGGCUUCGGGGUUUUAGCUAUCUAGCCUCUAAUGGCCUCUAAUGAUGCCAGAAGUUCUCACAGGCAUGAUCAUUAGUACUUAAAACUAGGCGGCAGACUUAUUUUCUUGCAAAAAUGACAAAAGCUCUUUAGUACUGGAUCAUUGUCCUGAAGAAUUUCAUUUGUGUAUAUGUUUGAUAAAAGAUCUGAAAGGGAGAGUACCCAUUUUUGGAACGUCCAGUGCCAUCUGGCGCAUGCCGCAUUGCAUCAAUAUGGAUCAAAUAAUCCAUUAGGCUUUUAAUUCUGCUCUCGUUGCCGUUGUUGAUAGUUAUUCUUCUCCUUGCAUCUUCUCAAUUCAAUGAACUUGUCACUAAUGUGACUCUCUGCGGCAACUAUUUUCUGCUGGAAACAUCCUAUUUUAGGAUGUAUGCUCUAUGUUACAUAAAGGCUUGGAGUUUUGCAGUAGUCACGUGAUGCUGUCUCCCCCAUUUUUGGCCGGAGAAGUGAUUGAGGUGUUUGUUGUUAAUGGAUUCAACAAGGAGACAAGAUUUUAAAUGCAGCAAAUUGUCCUACUUUGAAUAUUUUCAUCUUUGGUAGCUGAUUGCAGGUGAGUACCAAUUAUCGAAUUGAAUACCACAAGAGCAAACAAAACACAUGAGUUUGAAUUUUGAAUCCAAUAUAUCAGUUGUGCCUUCUUCUUUCUUUAUUUGUCAUCCAAUUGUAUCUUUUUCCCCCUUAAUAUAUGAUACAACUCAAGCUCAGGUAUUCAAAUCUGAUUUAGGUGAGUUUUCUUGAUGGUAUCAAAUGUGUUGUAUCUUUUUUAAGUCUGUAUUAUAUGCUCUCUUCAUUUUAUAGAAACUAAUGUCUUUUUUUCCAUAAAUUUAUGGUCUUCUUACAACAACGUUUAUUUUUUAGAAUUGCUACGUUGGUGCUGGUGGUUUCAAGAUCUUAUCGUCCUACGACAUAAAUGGCGGGUUGAAAUUAUUUGUUUGCUUAUUUUUCUUUUUCAGUGGGUUGUUUGUCAAUAUUCACCAAGUUUUUGAUAAUAUGAUUCAUUGAAUUUUCUUAUGACAUGUAUAUUUUAUAUGAUAUGUAUACUAUAUGCAGUGUUCUAAAAAUCCCCAAUUUAUCCGAUAAAUCUCCGAUUAAUCCCCUUCAAGGUCGGUCACCGAUCCGAUUUUUGAAAUCCGAUUAAUCCUUAUAUAUAUUUCCUAAUCGAAGUAUAUGUGAUAAAUUAUUAAAAUUAAAAUACUAUAUUACUUUAAAUAUGAAUAAUUAUAGAGUUUAUGAAUAUUGUAAAUAUAUUAGUUACUAAAUAGCUAAUAUAAUAAUAACUAAAUAUUAAAUAAUAUUUUAAUAUUAAAAUAAGCCCCAUUUUAACUCCGAUUAAUCCUUCCGAUUAAUCUCCGAUUUCCGAUUAAUCCUUGAAUCGGUAGCUCAACCGAUUAGGUCCGAUUCCCGAUUUCUGUAACACUGACUAUAUGACAUUAUGUGCACUUUCUUUUACAAAUUUUAACAAACCGUACACAUAUAUGUAAGUCAUUUGCAACUUUCAAAUAUCUCCGUGUUUUAAAUUUUCGCAGUCAUAAGUGUUCUUGAAGAUCCGAGAGGGUUUUAAAUUGGGAAUGUAGGUUUAUUAUCUUUCAAAAAAUAGCCAUCGUUAUGUAACAUAUUAAUAUAAUUCUUUAGCCUUUUAUGUCACUACUCUUAUUAGUAUUAAUAAUGUGUUUUGUUACAACUUAAAAGGAAUUGGUCAUUUGAUUUGCUCUGAUCAGGAAACAAAACAAAUUCAGGAUUUCUGUAUUGUUUGAAUUUUAAAUUGCUUUCUUUCAACUAAAAUUUGGAAGCUCUAACCUUUUUUUUUCCAGUUUUCAUGUUUCAUUUGUAGAUUAGAGGAAGUACAAUCAUGUUAGAACCCUUUGUCUGUUGUUGGGACAUUUAAAAAGGCUGUUUGCUCAAAAUUUUCCACCAUUACUUAUCUGGAUUAGAAUCAAGGUAUAAGUAAAGUCAUUUUUUUUAUUUCUUGUGUGUAGUAUAGAAGUGAAUAGGAGUGUAGUUCUGGACUUGCAUAUUUAUAUUCAGAUUAUAUGUCAAGGCCUACUGAGAAAGGUUGUUCAAAUUUUGGUGAAUGAAUCCGAGUCACUGAUUUAAGUGGAGUCUUAGGCCAAGUAUUAUGCGUGUGUCAUUCUAUUCUUCCUCCAAUUUAACUAAAUGAUUUGGAUCAAGCAUGGAGUCAAUGCCGGGCGAGAACUAAAUGCUUUGGAUGAAAUAUGGAGUCAAAUACCUGUUAUUGUUGUGGAUUCCGGAAUAAUAGCUCCGGAGUUUCUGAGGUUGGAGGGUGACGAGCAUUUGAAUAAAGAUUUGUCAUUUGUUACUUUGAAUCACUACCAUCAAGAGAGAAUGUGGUCAUCUUGGUGAUUUAGAAUGUCAUCAUCUUGGUGAUUUGGAAUGUCACUCACGCUUCAUCUUGGUGAUUUGGAAUGUACUUGGCCUCGUCACUGGCCAGAAACAGACUGCAUUCGAUACGUCGUCGGUCUGGAGAGUCACACCCUUUAUUUUGGCUACUGAAUGUAUGAUAUAUUUGAAAUUUUCAUUUCUCUUGAGCCCCACAGCGUUCUUUGCCAACGAAGUGGCAACCCCACAAGGGGACACACAAUUGACUCGUAUUCCGAAUUGCCCAAGCUCAACCGCCAAGUUCUUGGUGAGUCCUAGAACAGCAUGCUUUGAGGCCGUGUAAGCAUGAGAUGCUGCACCACCGAGAUUCGAGCAUAAGCUAGAAGUGGUUAUUAUGCAGCCACUUUGAGCGAGCCGCGUGUUUCAUUCCCAGGAAAACGCCUGUCACAUUGACCGCCAGAACAUGUUCAAAAUCAGACUUUAGGUUGUCGAGAAUCCGAGGUUUGUUUGGACCAGGGACUCCUACGUUGUUGAACAUGAUAUCGAGUUUUCCGUAAGGGGAGAUUGUUUUGUCAACAGCGUGUUUGAUAUGCUCUUCAUUGGUUACAUCACAAUGAACAUAAAAAGAGUUUGAGUUUACUAGUGCUUCGAUAACAGUGUGACUAACGUAAUCUUGAAUGUCUGCAAUAACAACCUUUGCUCCGUGCUGGACGAAGAGCCUCGCAGUGCAUUCGCCAAUGCCUAUAUGCAACAUAUAAUUAUCAAUUUUUGUUUACGGAUCUAUCUGAAUUCUGAUGUGUGCUCACUAGAAAAUCCGUUUGUUUAUUAAAAAUGUAUAGCAGUAGAGGCCUUUAUUAUAGUAUGAAAAUAAAUUAAAACUUCAUAGUUUCUACUCA